AACUGCUCAAGGCCCUGAUGCACCACAUCCUACUGGCCACGGCCUGCCAGGACGCCAACUACAGCACUCUCCUCUGGGAGCUCUGCCUCACCCGGUUCAAGGUGAGCAUGGAGGCCAUCGGGAAGACACUGUGGUGUGACUGGGGCAAGACCAUCGGGAGCUACGGAGAGCUCACAGACUGCACCAGGCAAGUGGCGGACCAGCUGGACUGCUUCUGGCCAAACGCGGCCGUGGACCAGUUCUUCGUGGCCAUCCACCGGCACUACUUCAGAAACUGCCCCGCGUCCGGCAGGGCCGUGCGGGACCCGCCCCGAAGCAUCCUCUGUCCCUUCAUCGUGGUGCCCAUCCUGGUGACCCUGCUGGUGACGGCGCUGGUGGUCUGGAGGAGCAAGCGCCCGGAGGGCAUCGUGUAGGCGCGCGGCCCCGGGGGCAGGCGGGGCGGGCGGGGAGCCCCGGCCUGGCCUGGGGAGAGCUUCCGGGGCCCGGACGGCAGCACAGGCCCCCAGCCCCCCUCCUCUCCCCAGGAAGAGCUAUCGGGAUUUCGGGGUGGUUGCGGUACACGCGUUAACCUGAAAGGCCAGAGGUCGAAGCCACCGGGGUGGGGGUCCCAGGGGGUGGGGUGGGGGCAGGAGCGCAACCGUCGCUAUUCCCGGGGAGGGUCCCAAGCUCUGUCUCCUAAUGUCCCAGCCUCAAGCCAGACUCUGGAUAAGUAGUUCGUGGUGAUUAAAAGGAUGUCCUCAGGGGCGUCUGGGGGGCUCAGUCGGUUAAGCGUCUGCCUUUGGCUCAGGUCAUGAUCCCAG